AUGAGCUCAACGCUGGAACAGUUACGGGCGAUGACUGUCGUGGUCGCCGACACCGGAGACUUCGACUCCAUGAAGGAGUUUAAGCCGACGGACGCCACGACCAACCCGUCGCUCAUUUUAGCCGCAGCUAAGAUUCCCAAGUAUUCCGCGAUUAUCGACAGAGCCGUCGACUUCGGGAAGAAGAAUAACAACAAUUUGGAGCAAACUAUGGACUACUUGUUUGUGUUGUUCGGCAUCGAGAUCCUGAAGGUGGUGCCCGGGAGGGUGUCCACCGAAGUGGACGCCCGACUCUCCUUCGACAUCGAGGGUUCCGUCAAAAAGGCGCGACAACUGAUCCAACUGUACGAGAAGGAGGGCAUCAAAAGGGAGCGGGUUUUGAUAAAAUUGGCGACGACUUGGGAAGGGGUGAAAGCGGCCGAACAGCUGGAAAAGGAGGGCAUUCACUGCAAUCUGACGCUUCUGUUUAACUUCGCUCAGGCCGUGGCCUGCGCUGAGGCGGGCGUUACCCUCAUCUCGCCAUUCGUGGGCCGCAUAUACGACUGGUAUGUGGCGGCGACCGGCAGGAAGGUGUACGACAACCCGAGCGACGACCCCGGCGUCGUGUCCGUCACUAAAGUGUACAACUAUUACAAAAAGCACGGCUACAAGACGGUGGUGAUGGGCGCCUCCUUCCGCAACAUCGGCGAAGUGAAGGCUCUGUCGGGCUGUGAUUUGUUGACGAUAUCGCCGGCCCUGUUGGCCGAACUGUCCAAAGAGACGGGCGUCAAGUUGGAGCGGGCGUUGAGUGCAGACGCGGCCAAAAAGCUGGACAUUCCUCGCACUCAUUACGACGAGAAGAAGUUCCGGUGGGAACUGAAUGAGGAUCAGAUGGCCACCGAUAAGCUCAGCGAAGGCAUCCGCAAGUUUGCCGCCGAUUGUAUCACUUUAGAGAAUCUGAUUAAACAAAAACUUCAGUAA